AUGCCUCCGCCGUCCCUGAAAAAGCCCGCUGUGCCGGCAUACAAGCCGCCACCAUCAGUCCUCCGCGCCGCGGCUGCAACGGGAGCUGGGAGCGGUCCUGGGCGGGGCGGCCCGGCAAGAGGGAUACCCAUCACCGGCCGCAGCGGCGGCCGGGGACCGCCCACCAUCAUCGCCGAUGGUCCGCCAGCACCCCCCGCCGCCGACGGAGCCGCCACUCCAGGAAGUCGCGGUACGACACCAUCCGGUACGGCGGCAGCAUCGGCCGCCGCCGUGGCAGCGGCGAGCGUCAGCUCCGGAACCACUGCUCCUGUGGCUACGCCGGUGGCGCCGUCGGGGCCGUCCGCCGCUAGCAGCAGCAUCUUCACUCGUAGUGACGGGAGGACCAUUGAGGACGAGUACGACCCGAUGCGACCCAAUGAUUACGAGGAGGUGAUGGCGGCGCGGGAGCGGGCGCGCAAGGCUGCGGAGGCGGAGGCCGAGCGGCUCGCCAAGCUGAAGGAAAUGGAAGCGGAGGCCGAGCGGCUGCGCAAGCAGGAGGAGGAACGCGCACGCAGCGCGGCGGCGGCGGGCAGCAGCGCCGGUGGCGGCGGCAGCGGCAGCGGCGUGAUGUCAAUGGAGGAGUACGAGCGACGGCGCGCGGCAAUGGGCAUGACGGGCGAUGACGCGUUCGCGCGGCGGGGGCGAAUGCCGACAGCUCCUGGCGGGCCCGGUGCUGGCGGCGGCGGCGGCGGCGGCAGCAGCGGCCCUGGCGGAGAUGAAGGUGCGGGAUCCAACAAGGGCAUGACGCUGGCUCAGAAGCUGCUGGAAAAGAUGGGCUGGCGCGAGGGAGAGGGCCUGGGCAAGAAUCGGCAGGGUAUUUCCAAUCCGCUGGUGGCUCAGAAGACCAACCAGCGCGCCGCCGUCAUUGUGGAAGCACCGCCCGCGCCCAACAAGCCCGCCACAGGGGUCUUCGCAUCAUCAGAAGGGCCCGAUGCCAAGCGACUUAAAGGUGCCGUACUGACGGGCGUCCCGUCACGCGUCAUCUGCAUGCGCAAUAUGGUGGGCCCAGGGCAAGUGGAUGAGGAGCUUGAGGAGGAGGUAGGUCAGGAGCUGACCAAGUACGGCAAGGUCUUGGACGUGUUGAUCUUUGAGGUUACGACUCCCGGCUACGUCGAGGAGGAGGCUGUUCGCAUCUUUGUGCAGUUCGAGCGGCAGGAGAGCGCCACCAAGGCCGCCGUGGACCUUCAGGGCCGCUUCUUUGCCGGUCGCUCCGUGCGGGUGUCGUUCUUCCCGGAGGAGCGCUUUAUGGCCACGGACCUUGCGCCCAAGCAGGGCGAGUUUGACUAG